AUGUCGCUGGCCGUGGAGACGGCGAGGCACCUUGCGGCGGGGAGAUGGACCGAGAAGAACUCGCUCUUCCGCGUGGGAGACAACAUCUCGGAAUGGCUGGUGAUGCUGCUCAUGUUGCUCGUGGUGGUCGGUGUGAUUCUCUUUGAGCAAGUGUGGCACUGGCUCGGGCACAAGCUGCAUCCGUACCCCAAGUACCACGAGAUGAUGCACAAGAUCACGAGUGAGCUCAUGAUUCUCGGCAUGUUGGGGCUAUUCGUGCACUUGUUCUCGGAGGCGUACUGGAUCGACUUCUACUCCAAGCCGGUCAAGGCGUUCAAGAUCGCGGACCAGACCAUCUUCUUCGUCGCGUGCUUCCUCAUCGCGCAGGCAGUGCUCAUCUUCUACGUCAUGCGCCAGAAGAACAUCAUGACCGACCAGAUCGAGCUCGUGUCGUCGCAUUACAUCUACCGAAAAGCCAAAGCCGCGCUUGACAAGGCCAACUACGCCAACUGGUUCCAGUACGAAGCCAAGAAGCGCCGCGCGCUGCGCGUGAUGCGGCACAAGAUCCUGCGGCGAUUCUUCCUCAGGACGUACAACCUGCCCGAGAUGUUCCAGUUCUCGUGGUACCUGCGCAUGCAGCAGGACUCGCAGAUCCAGCAUCUGAUUGACAUUGAGCUGACCCAGUGGCUGCUGCUGCUUCUCGUCUGGUGUGGCUUCAUCGCAGCCCACAACAGCUUGGAACGGAGCUUGGUUGUCCACGACGACGACGAACAGCCCAAGUACAUACGCGUGUACGUGUUUAUGGCGUUCGAGUUCGCCCUGUCCAUCGUGAUGGCACUCAUGUGGCUGUACAUUCGGCAAUGCAUGAACACUGUGUACAAGUACUUGGGCAUCUACAACAACAAGGACGUCCUCGCCAAGAUGCGCGAGUGCGCUGAAGAGGAGCGGCACACGCGGGAAAGUCAGGCAGCUUCCAUCGCCCACCUCGAACGACUGCACUACAACAUGGACAUGCGCGCGCACGGCCACCGCUUCUUCCUCGCGACGGACCAAGGCGUCCAGCUACUCAGUCUCGCGGUGCGCAAGUGUUUUCGACACGAGGCCAAGUCGGCUUCCCAUGUUCAGUUGGCGCACGGCGGCGAGUCCCCGCGCGACCACCAUCCUCGUCAUGGAGGUAGCCAGGCCAAGACGCUGUCAGAGCUCACGUCGAUCAAGUUGCCGCUGUUCUCGCGCAAGUUGCUCCAUUACUUUUUAAAGACGUUUCUUAUGCUCAACGGACUCUUUGCCGCCAUCGCGAUGAACUCGGUCGUGUACAUUUUACCAGACGUUCCAGACAUGGACUACACGGUGCUCGUGGUGCUGAUGGCGAUCCCGCUGCUCCUGAAUGCGUUCUAUGUGGGGCCGCGCCUCAUGCUCCAGUUUAUGACGUUAUCGACGCUGUGGCAACUCAACGCCGACAACGUGUCGCUCAUGGUGAGCCAGUACCUGAGCACGAUCGAGAAGAAGACGCACCUAGUUGACAGCAUCCGUGCCUUUCUCGACAAAACGCACCAAACUGUGGACGAUUUGCGCGGCGAUUUAGAAAGAAACGGCGGGACCCGCGACUAUAUCGACAUGGAGACGUUCCGAGUCGUGCUGGCCCAUUACGGGUGCCACGUGUCCCUGUUCAAGUUCAACGCGAUGAUCCGAUUGGUGUUUAAGACCAAGGGCGCGAUGGUUAACUACGAGCAGUUGCUGGGGCUGCUGGCGGGGGAAGUGGACGUCUGCAUCGAUCAGACAGUGGACAUGAUGGACAACCUAGACGACUUUGACUUUACACUGGACGAACAUGACAAGAAAGCCAAGGUGCUGGGUAGUGUAGCCGUGGACAUUGGGGCCAGACAACCGCUCCAACCGAUUGGUAUUGUGGCAACCCACGACGAAGACUUUGCCACCCCCGCCGCAGAUGGAGACCUUAUUCACGAUGCCUACUCGGAGCAGCGAUAAUAAUAAUCCAUAUAAAUAUAUAUAUUGUGGA